CUCAUUUACAAUUGCGACCUGGCCAAGAUAAAGAAAAGCAGUUCGACCGGUACAACAACACACAUGGAGUAAAACAAACAUACAGUCAAUAAUACAGUAAAAAAACAAGUCUAUGUACAAUGUGAGCAAAUGAGGUGAGACAAGGGAGGUAAAGGCAAAAAACGCCAUGGUGGCUAAGUAAAUACAAUAUAGCAAGUAAAAAAUAUAUUUAAAAAACACUGGAAUGGUAGAUUUGCAGUGGAAGAAUGUGCAAAGUAGAGAUAGAAAUAAUGGGAGUGCGAAGGAGCAAAAUAAAUAAAUAAAUACAGUAGGGGGAGAGGUAGUUGUUUUGGCUAAAUUUAAAAAACGGACAAUUAAAAAUAAGUAUUGCCCUUGGUUCAGUUCAGCGCUAUCUGAAGUCAUACACAACAGAGAUUCACAGACUCUGCAGUCUUUCAGGCGGUUGAGAAAUAUGUGUGUAAAACUAGUUAAAAAAGCUAAAUUAGAUAUUAUGUUAAUACACUAUCUGAAUGUACAGGGAACCCUGCUACAUUUUGGAAAGAUGUUACAUCACUGAAGGGUUGUUUCUCCUUUUCUCUCCCCCAAAUGAUACAUUUAGAUUCCGGCCCUAUUACUGACAAAAUUGAUAUCAUGAAUGCAUUAAUCACCAUUUUAUCUCUGCGGGCUGUAUUUGAAUGUAUUUCAAGGCCAGAUCUUGAAAAUAGUAUUUUGGAUGUUGAUGGUGAAUCUAUUGAAUAAUACUGAAAAUGCUGAUUGUGUGCGUAUUGUCGUUGUCCUGUUGGAAGGUGAACCUUCGCCGCAGUCUGAUGUACUGAGUGCUCUGGAUCAGGUUUUCAUCAAGGAUCUCUCUGUACUUUUCUCCAUUCAUUUUUCCCUCGAUCCUGACAAGUCUCCCAGUCCCUGCCACUGAAAAGCAUAACCACAGCAUGAUGCUGCCACCACCGUGCUUCCCCGUAGGGAUGGUAUUGGCCAGAUGAUGAGUUGUGUCUGGUUUCCUCCAGAUGUGAUGCUUGGCAUUCAGGCUAAAGAGUUCAAUCUGGGUUUCAUCAGACCAGAUCAUCUUGUUUCUCAUAGUCUGAGAGUCCUUUAAGUGCCUUUUGGCAAACUCCAAGAGUGCUGUCAUGUGCCUUUUACUGAGGAGUGGCUUCCGUCUGGCCACUCUACCAUAAAGGCCUGAUUGGUGGAGUGCUGCAACUCAAUCCUGUCUCUGACCUUUACGGACAAUUUUUUCAACUUCAUGGCUUGGUUUUUUCUCUGACAUGCACUGUCAACUGUGGGACCUUACAUAGACAGGUGUGUGUCUUUCCAAAUCAUGUCCAAUCAAUUGAUUUUACCACAGGUGGACUCCAUUCAAGUUGUACAAACAUCUCAAGGAUGAUCAAUGGGAAACAGGAUGCACCUGAACUCAAUUUUUUGUCUCAUAGCAAAGGGUCUGAAUACUUAUGUAAAUAAGGUAUUUCUGUUUUUUAUUUUCAAUAUAUUUGAAGGAAUAUUUUAAAAUAUGUUUUCACUUUGUAUUUAUGGGGUAUUGUUAGUAGAUUGAUGAGGAUGUUUUAUUUAUUUUAUCCAUUUUAGAAUAAGGCUGUAACGUAACAAAAUGUGGAAAAAGUAAAGGGGUCUUAUGCCUUUCCGAAUGCACUGCAUAUAUUUUUUUGAGACAGUUUGCUACAGCAGGAAUAUAUUCCAUCAGAACCAGGAAAUGUGAGUUGGUAUGUGGAUUAUAAUUAAUAGACAUUUCUGUAGGGCUUGAUACAUUUUUCAUUAGAUCAAAUCAAGUCUGAAAUGUCAAAGUGGAAAUUGCAAUCUUUCGAAGCCUUUUUAAAACUCAAAUACAGUACAAAUUUGCAUGACCUGCUUUGCAAGAAUAUUCUGUGAUCAAAUUAAGAUCCUACAUUUGUAGACUAAACCCACAGUCAUGCAGAAGCUUGCAGGGUUGAUAUUCUAAUGCUUCCAUGCUUAUAACAUUCUUGACUUCUUCUUGGCUGUGUGUGUGUGUCACUGACUGUGUGUGAAACUUGUGUGUCACUGACUGUGUGUGUAACUUGUUUGUCACUGACUCUGUGUGUAACUUGUUUGUCACUGACUGUGUGUAACUUGUUUGUCACUGACUUUGUGUGUAACUUGUGUGUCACUGACUGUGUGUGUAACUUGUGUGUCACUGACUGUGUGUAACUUGUUUGUCACUGACUCUGUGUGUAACUUGUGUGUCACUGACUGUGUGUGAAACUUGUGUGUCACUGACUGUGUGUGUAACUUGUUUGUCACUGACUCUGUGUGUAACUUGUUUGUCACUGACUCUGUGUGUAACUUGUGUAUCACUGACUGUGUGUGUAACUUGUGUGUCACUGACUGUGUGUAACUUGUGUGUCACUGACUGUGUGUAACUUGUUUGUCACUGACUGUGUGUAACUUGUGUGUCACUGACUGUGUGUAACUUGUGUGUCACUGACUGUGUGUAACUUGUGUGUCACUGACUGUGUGUAACUUGUUUGUCACUGACUGUGUGUAACUUGUGUGUCACUGACUGUGUGUAACUUGUGUGUCACUGACUGUGUGUAACUUGUGUGUCACUGACUGUGUGUAACUUGUGUGUCACUGACUGUGUGUAACUUGUUUGUCACUGACUCUGUGUGUAACUUGUGUGUCACUGACUGUGUGUGUAACUUGUGUGUCACUGACUGUGUGUGUAACUUGUGUGUCACUGACUGUGUGUGUAACUUGUGUGUCACUGACUGUGUGUGCAACUUGUGUGUCACUGACUGUGUGUGUAACUUGUGUGUCACUGACUGUGUGUGUAACUUGUGUGUCACUGACUGUGUGUGUAACUUGUUUGUCACUGACUGUGUGUGUAACUUGUGUGUCACGGAUUAUGUGUAACUUGUGUGUCCCUAACAGGGUGAGCCUGUUGGCAAAGUACUGCAGCACUCAUCUCCACACUGUCAAACUGAGCUUCUGCCAGAUCAGCCCAGAGGCCAUCCACAACCUCAGCAGGCAGUGCAAACGUUUGAAGCUACUGCACCUCUACGGCUGUGCCUACAUCCCUACUGAGAAGGAGAUCAGAGACAUCAACCCAAAUGUUACACUCAACCCGCUGACUUGAUACACACACACAGACACACUUAUUGUUGAAAUUGGUAACACAUCUGACAAACUCCUCCACAGUUACCACAACUUUGUAAAUACAGCCUGUGUGAUAUAAAGAAUGAAGAGUGCCCACAGCACAAGUGUGUCAAAGGCCCUCCUUCCAUCACCUCCUUCAUACAGUGAUGUGGUGUCAGGCAAGCUUUAUCCAAAUUACAUCUAUCUAGUCAAGAUACACAUAUUUUGUAGAUUUCUUUUUUUUUUAUGUACAUGCUGAUUGUUAGUGAAAGUUUCCCAUUCUCUGGGAGGCUCCCGAGUGGUGCAGCAGUCUAAGGCACUGCAUCUCAGUGCAAGAGGGGUCACUACAUCCCCUGGUUUAAAUCCAUGCUGUAGUGGCCCAGUGUUGUCCAGGUUUGGCCAUGGUAGACCGUCAUUGUAAAUAAGAAUGUGUUCUUAACUGACUUGCCUAGUUAAAUAAAGGUCAAAUACAAAAUAUCUAGCAGCCAGACAGAAAUGGGUCUUGGUCUUCUAGACUAUCUCUAUGGAAACACUUUUUUUGUGUGUGUGUUUUGUUUAUUCAACCUAUUACACUUGUUCGGACGCAUAGUUCUUGUUUGUUUUGUUCCUCUUUUUCUCGAAGUUGUGAAGUUGACACAAGAGAAUGCUAAAGUAGGUAAGCCAUGUCAGCGUAACAUUCCACAAUACGUUUUUUCACAGGGGACAAUCUUAGGACUCAUCAUUGUAGUCUGUAUGAAAAUGUGGGAUGGACCUCUCUGUCUGGAAGAAGAGAGCUGCAUUCUCUUUGAUUUAUUUACAAAGAUAUCUUACAGAACAUCCCUCCAUAUGUAACUUCAUUAAUUAAGAGAGCAUCACCAUGGUCACUGGCCACAAGAAUGAUGGAGUUUCUUGGGGACCUUCAAUGCUGCAGAUAUGUUUUGGGUGAGCCUGUUGGCAAAGUACUGCAGCACUCAUCUCCACACUGUCAAACUGAGCUUCUGCCAGAUCAGCCCAGAGGCCAUCCACAACCUCAGCAGGCAGUGCAAACGUUUGAAGCUACUGCACCUCUACGGCUGUGCUUACAUCCCUACUGAGAAGGAGAUCAGAGACAUCAACACCACUCUUACACUCAACCCGCUGACUUGAUACACACACUAGAGCGUUGGACCAGUAACCAAAAGGUUGCUGGAUUGAAUCCCUGAGCUGACUAGGUUGAAGCUACUGCAUCUCUACAGCUGUGCCUACAUCCCUACUGAGAAGGAUAUCAGAGACAUCAACCCAAAUGUUACACUCAACCCGCUGACUUGAUACACACACACAGACACACUUAUUGUUGAAAUUGGUAACACAUCUGACAAACUCCUCCACAGUUACCACGACUUUGUAAAUACAGCCUGUGUGAUAUAAAGAAUGAAGAGUGCCCACAGCACAAGUGUGUCAAGGGCCCUCCUUCCAUCACCUCCUUCAUACAGUGAUGUGGUGUCAGGCAAGCUUUAUCCAAAUUACAUCUAUCUAGUCAAGGUACAAAUAUUUUGUAGAUUUGUUAUUAAUUUUUUUACAUGCUGAUUGUUAGUGAAAGUUUCCUAUUAUCUAGAGGCAGCAGGUGGCCUAAUGGCUAGCUCUUUGGACCUGUAACCGAAAGGUUGCUAGAUCGAAUCUGAGCCGAUAAGGCAGGUUAACUCCCUGUUCGUUGUAAAUUAGAAUUUGUUCUUAACCGACAUGUCUGGUUUAAUAAAUACAAAUCUAGUAGACAGAAAUGGGUAUUGGUCUUCUAGACUAUCUCUAUGGAAACGCAGUUGUUUUUGCUUGUGUUUCGUUUAUUCAACCUAUUGCAGGUAAUUGUGUAAGUGCGCGUGUCCGGGCACACAGUUCUUGUUUGUUUUGUGCCUGUUCUGGAAGUUGAGAGGCCAACACAAGAAGUAAGCCGCGUCAGCAGCUGUCGCACCCCACCUCUCACCACCUGUGUACCUGGCAAGAGACCCGUGGCAAGGGGACUGUCACAGCACCGCAAAGGACGACACAAGACUUGAUAAAUGAUACUAGGACGAAGGACGACACAUUAAUACCGUUAGCCCGAGGUGGUCGAAGUCCUGGAAAGAAUGAACGCUCUAUUUUUCUUUUCUUUUCAGGACCUCGAUAAGGUGAUUGACAGUGUUGAACGACUUGGAUAAAAACCUCAGACAUGAAGUUCGUAAGGUGGUGGUAAAAGGAAUUGAAUUGGUUAAAAACGUUGCUUUAUUGCUGUUGCCCAUAGUGUUCAUUCCCCUGGUGGUUUUCUGCGUGCUUGGUUUCUGGGGCUUUCAACUCUGGACUGAACCAUGUCAUUACCAGGCAUGGGUAGGGACCGGGAGAGUUUGUGUUCGCUCUUUCACGCUUGUGAUGUGGAUAAUUCUGGACAGAUUGAAAAAUACGAGUUUAUUCAAAUCUGCUCAGAGCUCAAUGUUCCACCGACGGAGAGAGAGCACAUAUUCUCUAAACUGGACACCGACAGAGACGGGACUAUCAAUCUAGCGGAGUUCAUUAGCGGCUUCCUCGGGAUCUCGGAGCAAGUGUAUUGUGGGAACAUGGAGAGCGAGAGCUGGGAAGUCUCUUCUCCGGCCUGGGAAGAUUUCCAGACCCGACUGGGGGACCAUGCCAAGUUCAUACCCAGGAAUGAGCAGGCAGCCACGCUGUAUCAGAACAUCAGUAUGGCAGAGCCCAGGAUGGUGCCUCAGUAUGAGAGACUCAUCAUGAGUUUCACCAGAGAGAUCAAACAGCACAACGCUGAGAUGGAGAACUUGGCCCUGGCUGUCAAACGGGCCCAGGACAAGGCCUCCAUGCAACUCAGUGAGAUGGAGGAGGAGAUGGAUCAACGCAUCCAUACAGCCGAGAACAACACAAGGCUUCAGGAAGCCAAGAGGGCUGAGGCAGCUCUAAGUGAGCUGAAGAGGCACUAUGAGUCCGAGGUGUGUGAGCUGCAGCACAAGGUCCAGAAGAUGAAGCUGAUUGAAGACCAGUACAAGAACAUCAACAUGAAAGAUGAGUCUUCAACCCUGAAGAGGAAGAUCAACAAACUGACUCUGGAAAACCAGAGGUUGAAGCAGGAGUUAAUGCAGUCCCACACUAACAUAGCCUUCCUGCAGAGUGAACUGGACUCUCUGAAGAGUGACCUGACAGACCACAGCAUCAACUCGGAGGGAUAUGAGGCGAUGAUGAGAGAGUUCUCUGAUGAGAGGGAUAACCUGGAGCGACAGAUAGAGAUCCUACAGGCAGCCAACAGGAAGCUUAAUGACAGUAAUGAUGGGCUGCUCAGGUCCCUUGAGAACAGCCUCAGCAAAAGCAACAAGCGUGAUAGCAGUGCUUCCCCAGCCAGCAUCAUUAGCAGGAGGAGCAGGAGCAACUGUUACUCAUCCCCAUACUUGGACAGGUUCUACCAGGCGGGUGUGGAGGAUGUUGAUGAGGACGAGGACCCACUGGGAGGCCUGUUUGGGGGUGGUGGUAAGGGCUCCCUGGGGUGUCGGAGGCCUGGUCUGGACACCAUAGCUCUGGCUCUGUGCGACCCAGGCAUGCAGCGCAGACAUAGCUACGAGGUGGACAGCCUGCCCGAGAGCUGCCUAGACAGCGGCAUGUCCACGCUGCGCGGCUCCAACUACGGAUAUGACUCUGAGCAGGAGGUCAAAGGGCACGAGGAUGAGGAGGAGGAGGGACAGAGGGUGGCCAGGAUCACAGAUGGCCUGGCGGAAGACAACUUUGACAACGACAUUGCAGAGGUGCAGAACAAGAUGGUGUUCGGAUCAGACAAUGGUUCUGUCCUGGACUGGAAACCCUUGGAACCAGUCAGCCGGAACAGCUCGGGAGCGUCCACACGCAAAGCCCUGUCCGCCAUCACCAAUGAGGCAAAGGAGAAGGAGUCAGCUGACCUGGGAUAUAUAACAUCAGAGAAGGCCUAUCGGGUGGUGUUGGCAGGUGACGCGGCGGUGGGCAAGUCCAGCUUCCUGCUCCGCCUCUGCAAGAACGAGUUUCGAGGAAACACCAGCGCCACCCUGGGGGUGGACUUUCAGAUGAAGAGUCUGGUAGUGGAUGGAGAGCCUACCCUACUACAGCUAUGGGACACAGCAGGCCAGGAGAGGUUCCGCAGCAUUGCUAAGUCCUACUUCAGACGAGCCGAUGGCGUCCUCCUGCUGUAUGAUGUCACCUGUGAAAAGAGCUUCCUCAACGUCCGAGAGUGGGUGGACAUGAUCGAGGACGUGUCCCAGGACGACAUCCCCAUCAUGUUGGUGGGGAAUAAGAGUGACCUGAGAGAGCAGGCUCUGCAGGACGGGAUCACCUGUGUCUCCACCAGCUACGGAGAGAAACUGGCCAUGACGUAUAACGCCCUCUUCUGUGAGACCAGUGCCAAAGACGGCUCCAAUGUCAUAGAGGCCGUGCUGCAUCUGGCCAGAGAGGUGACCAAGCAGGUUCAUGGGGCUGAGGACCAGGAGUCUGUGACUAACCUCUAUAGAAAUCCCAACAAGAAGAUGCCCACCGUCACCUGCUGCACAGGAUAAGAUACCAAACAGAAACGCUACUAGAGUAACCAAAACUCACCACCUAAGGAACCGCAUCAACAGAACACCACAACACUAGAACACUGUGUCCAACAGCGGAACAAGAGAACAAUGGGACUUCAGAAGAAAAGAACACAGGAGAAUCUGAUCAGAACACUCGAGUACUGUACAGUAACACUAGAACCGCAAGACAGCUGGUUUUCUCAUAUAACAUCAACUGUACUGCUUAAUGCUAUAGGAUAACUCAUAUUGAGCUGUUAAGAAAGACAGCGUGUGUGUGUGUGUGUGUGUGUGUGUGUGUGUGUGUGUGUGUGUGUGUGUGUGUGUGUGUGUGUGUGUGUGUGUGUGUGUGUCUGUUUGUAUGAUUAUGCGCUUGCAUGAAUGCAUGGGUGCUUGUGUUAUAUGCAGAUGUCAUUCACAUCCUGGUUAGUAGUGAAAUCUAAUCUCCUAUGCUGUUGAUUGUAUUUUAUGAAACCUCUGUGUGUACCAAAUAGUCAUACAUUGGAAGUCAGAAGUUUACAUACACUUAGGUUGGAGUCAUUAAAACUUGUUUUUCAACCACUCCACAAAUUCCUUGUUAACAAACUAUAGUUUUGGCAAGUCGGUUAGGACACCUACUUUGUUUACAGAUUAUUUCACUUAUAAUUCACUGUAUCACAAUUCCAGUGGUUCAGAAGAUUAACUACACUAAAUUGACUGUGCCUUUAAACAACUUGGAAAAUUCCAGAAAAUUAUGUCAUGGCUUGAGAAGCUUCUGAUAGGCCAAUUGACAUCAAUUGGAGGUGUACCUGUGGAUGUAUUUCAAGGCCUAACUUCAAACUCAGUGCCUCUUUGCUUGACAUCAUAGGAAAAUCCAAAGAAAUCAGCCAAGACCUCGGAAGAAGAAAAAAAUAAGCCAGACUAAGGUUUGCAACUGCACAUGGGGCAAAGAUUGUACAUUUUGGAGAAAUAUCCUCUGGUCUGAUGAAACAAAAAUAGAACUGUUUGGCCAUAAUGACCAUCAUUAUGCUUGGAGGGAAAAGGGGGAGGCUUGCAAGCCGAAGAACACCAUCCCAACCAUGAAGCACGGGGAUGGCAGCAUCAUGUUGUGGGGGUGCUUUGCUGCAGGAGGGACUGGUGCACUUCACAAAAUAGAUUGUAUCACGAGGAAGGAAAACUAUGUGAAUUAUCUUGAAUGAAGCAUCUGGAAACAUCAGUUAGGAAGUUAAAGUUUGGUUACAAAUGGGUUUUCCAAAUGGAUUAUGACCCAAGCAUACUUCCAAAGUUGUGGAAAAACGGCUUAAGGACAACAAAGUCAAGGUAUUGGAGUGGCCAUCACAAAGCCCUGACCUCAAUCCUACAGAAAAGUUGUGGGCAGAACUGAAAAAGCGUGUGUGAGCAAGGAGGCCCACAAACCUGACUCAGUUACACCAGCUCUAUCAAGAGGAAUGGGCCAAAAUUCACCCAACUUAUUGUGGGAAGCUUGUGGAAGGCUACCCGAAACAUUUGACCCACAAUUUAAAGGCAAUGCUACCAAAUACUAAUUAAGUGUAUGUAAACUUCUGACCCAGUGGGAAUGUGAUGAAAGAAAUAAAAGCUGAAAUAAAUAAUUCUCUACUAUUA